GCUUUUCCGGUCUUCUUCCUGCGCACAUGACUUCCGUUAUCUAAUCGUCGCGCUCAAGUGACGCAGCUGCGAGCUUCUCGGUCCGGCUGGCUAUGGCGGCGUUACUGAGAGGUCUGCGGGCUGGAAGGCUCCUCCGGGGGCUGGGCAGCGUUGUGGCAGCACCGACGAACCAUCGAUGCAGCAGCCUGAGACAAGGCUUCCACUCUGCAGUGCUGAGACUGCAGGACGAAUCCAAAUCUGACAGGCCCCCUUCCUCCUCAUCUUCCUCAUCCUCAUCCACAUCGUACCAUGAGCAUUACCGGGCUCACGCAGCUGACCAGCAUGACCCCGAUCCAGCAGCCGGAGAAACGGACAGCAGUCCCCGGAGCGAGGAGCAGGACGAGGAGUACGAAACGGAGGAGCAGCUCCAGACUCGCAUCCUGACGGCUGCUCUGGAGUUCGUCCCCCAGCAUGGCUGGUCCACUGAGGCCAUCGCAGCCGGUGCAGGGGCUUUAGGUCUGUCCUCUGCUUCUACUGGGAUGUUCUCCAACGGUGCCGGGGACCUGGUCCUGCACUUCAUCGCUCACUGCAACUCGCAGCUGACGGAGAUCCUGGCGGAGCAGCACCACCAGGUGCAGCUGGGCCAGGCCGAACGAAAGAAGACGGCUGAAUUCCUCCGAGAUGCCGUCGAGACCAGGCUGCGGAUGUACAUCCCUUAUGUGGAAACUUGGCCGCAGGCGUUGAGCAUCUUGCUCCUUCCUCACAACAUCCCCGACAGCCUGAAGCACCUGUCCACCAUGGUGGACGACAUCUGGUACUACGCUGGAGACCGCUCCACCGACAUGAACUGGUACACGAAGCGUGCGGUGCUGACAGGCAUCUAUAACACCACGGAGCUGGUGAUGGUUCAGGACUCCUCUCCUGAUUUCCAGGACACCUGGAGCUUCCUCGAUAACCGCAUUCAAGAUGUGGUCAACAUGGCCUCCACAGCCAAACAGGCGCAGUCAACUGGUGAAGCAGUGGUGCAGGGGCUCAUGGGAGCUGCCCUUACCCUGAAGAAUCUCACAGGCGUGAACCAGAAGCGAUGAUGUCAAACUUCUUCGACCCCAACUGUUUGGCUUGUGUCAUGAGCUGAAGAUCAUUUUUCUUUUCCAUCUUUUUCUGUUUGAUGGAUGAUUUGACUGAAAGUGUUGGAUUAUUUCUCUACACCUGCAGCACCGUGUACUCAGAUCCCUAUUUGUACAGAAGUACCCAAUCAUUGUAAUUUAGCUGUUGAAUCGUUUAUUCAAUAAAGUGGUAACUAUA